CCGGCCGGACUCCUGCCCUCUCCAAGCUCAGGUGGGCGCGCCCGCUCCUCAGAUCACCAGAGGCGCUCCGAGGAGAACGGAAAGUCGCGGCCCGGCUGCGCGGGAUGCCUUUCGCCAAGCGGAUCGUGGAGCCGCAGUGGCUGUGCCGGCAGCGGCGCCCGGCGCCCGGCCCAGAAGAGGACACGAAUGGAGACAGCGCUGAGCUGCCGCCGGCCCUGCAGCAGCCGGGCCGACGGGAGGAAGCCGAGGUACCCGAGCCCGAGGAGACACCCCUCGUCCCUCCGGCACCUCUGGGGCUGCCACCACCGCUGCCCACGCCGGCCGAUCAGGCUCAGCCGCCAGCCGGCGAGGAGUCGGCGGCCCACGAGGAGAGCGCGGCGGGGGUGGCGGAGGCGGCGUCGACGACGGGCGAGGCGUCCUCGGCGACGGCCGCCGCGGUGCUGCUCAUGCUGGACCUGUGCGCGGUCAGCAACGCCGCGCUGGCUCGCGUCCUCCGGCAGCUCUCCGACGUGGCCCGGCACGCGUGCAGCCUCUUCCAGGAGCUCGAGAGCGACAUCCAGCUCACUCACCGCCGCGUCUGGGCUCUGCAGAGCAAGCUCGGCGGGGUGCAGCGCGUCCUGGGCACUUUGGACCCCAAGCAGGAGACAGUGCCCGUCUCCAACCUAGACAUCGAGAGUAAGCUGAGUGUAUACUACCGUGCACCGUGGCACCAACAGCGAAACAUCUUCCUUCCAGCCACUAGGCCACCCUGUGUGGAGGAGCUCCAUCGCCAUGCCAGACAGAGCAUGCAAGCCCUGCGCAGAGAACACCGGAGCCGGAGCGAUCGCCGAGAGCAGAGAGCUGCUGCCCCCCUUUCCAUAGCUGCCCCGCCACUGCCAGCUUACCCUCCAGCGCACAGCCAGAGGAGGCGCGAGGCAAAAGACCGCCACUUCCUAACGUUUAACAGCACCCGUUCGCCCUCCCCCACUGAGUGUUGCCACAUGGCCCCAUGGAGUAGAAAGUCCCACCCGCCAGACGACGAAGAUGCAGAUGUCAUGUUAGGGCAGAGACCGAAAAACCCAAUACACAAUAUUCCUUCUACACUGGACAAGCAGACCAACUGGAGCAAAGCGCUACCUCUCCCGACGCCAGAGGAGAAGAUGAAACAAGAUGCCCAAGUGAUUUCUUCUUGCAUUAUUCCCAUCAAUGUCACUGGAGUUGGUUUUGACAGAGAGGCUAGUAUACGCUGCUCUCUUGUUCAUUCACAAUCCGUACUACAGCGCAGACGAAAACUGAGGAGAAGGAAAACCAUCUCGGGUAUUCCCAGAAGAGUUCAACAAGAAAUAGAUUCUGAUGAAUCACCUGUGGCCAGGGAAAGGAAUGUGAUUGUGCACACCAACCCAGACCCUUCCAACACUGUCAACAGGAGGUCUGGAACCAAGGACUCUGAGUGCCAAACUGAGGAUAUUCUGAUCGCUGCCCCAUCCAGAAGGAGAAUCAGAGCUCAAAGGGGUCAGAGUAUUGCGGCUUCCCUUUCUCAUUCGGCUGGCAACAUUUCUGCACUGGCUGACAAAGGUGACACCAUGUUCACUCCUGUGGUGAGCAGCCGUACAAGAUCUCGGAGCCUUCCUCGGGAAGGGAAUAGAGGUGGAGAUGCUGAGCCCAAAGUUGGUGCUAAGCCAUCAACCUAUGAAGAGGGGGAGCCUUUCGUGGGUGACCAUGAAAGAACCUCUCAUGAUUGCAGUGAGGCUCCAAGCAGCCCGAGUGCACAAGAACACCAGCCUGCUUUGGGCCUGGCCUGUUCGCAACAUCUGCACAGCCCACAGCACAAGUUAAACGAGAGAGGGAGAUCACGUCUAUCUCGAAUGGCUGCUGACUCUGGCAGCUGUGACAUCUCCUCCAAUUCAGACACCUUUGGGAGCCCUAUCCACUGCAUUUCCACAGCUGGAGUCCUCCUCAGCAGCCACAUGGACCAGAAAGAUGACCACCAGUCAUCUAGUGGUAACUGGAGCGGAAGCAGCUCUACAUGCCCAUCACAGACAUCAGAAACCAUCCCUCCUGCAGCUUCUCCUCCCCUCACUGGCUCUUCUCACUGUGAUUCAGAGUUGUCCCUAAACACAGCUCCUCAUGCUAAUGAGGAUGCCAGUGUCUUUGCGACAGAACAGUACAAUGACCACCUGGAUAAAGUAAGAGGGCACCGGGCAAACUCCUUCACCUCCACUGUUGCAGAUCUGUUGGAUGACCCCAACAAUAGCAACACAAGUGACAGUGAAUGGAAUUACCUACACCACCAUCAUGAUGCAUCCUGCCACCAAGACUUUAGUCCAGAGCGCCCCAAGGCAGAUAGCCUGGGCUGCCCAAGCUUUACAAGCAUGGCCACUUACGACAGCUUUCUGGAAAAGUCUCCAUCAGACAAAGCUGAUACUAGCUCUCACUUUUCAGUGGACACAGAAGGAUACUAUACCUCUAUGCACUUUGACUGUGGUCUCAAAGGUAACAAGAGCUAUGUCUGUCACUAUGCAGCCUUGAGCCCAGAGAAUGGCCAGGGUGUUGGGGUUCCUCCUGGUCUCCAAGACUGUACCUGGCAGGACUACUUAGAUCACCGGAGGCAAGGGAGACCAAGCAUCUCUUUCAGAAAACCAAAGGCAAAGCCAACUCCACCUAAACGUAGUUCAUCCUUGAGAAAGUCUGAUGGAAACACAGAGGUUUCUGAGAAGAAAGAACCAAAGAUAAGCAGUGGUCAGCACCUGCCUCACAGUUCCAGGGAAAUGAAACUGCCUCUUGAUUUCCCCAACACGCCUUCUCGAGUGGAAAAUAACAAUCUUCCCACCAAGCAGGAACCUUCUUGGGUCAACCAGAAUGAACAUGGGAUUAAGGAACCUCAGCUGGACACUGCAGACAUUCCACCAUUCAAAGAUGAAGGUGCCGAAUCCACUCACUAUGCAGACCUCUGGCUUCUAAAUGACUUGAAAACAAAUGAUCCCUAUAGAUCUUUAUCUAAUUCAAGCACUGCUACGGGUACCACAGUUAUUGAAUGCAUCAAAUCUCCAGAGAGCUCUGAAUCCCAAACUUCACAAUCAGAAUCAAGGGCAACCACCCCAUCUCUUCCUUCUGUUGACAAUGAAUUUAAACUGGCAUCACCAGAAAAACUGGCUGGGUUGGCAUCUCCAUCAAGUGGCUAUUCAAGCCAGUCUGAAACACCGACAUCCUCUUUCCCGACAGCUUUCUUUUCAGGUCCAUUAUCUCCUGGAGGUAGCAAAAGAAAACCUAAAGUUCCAGAAAGGAAAUCCUCACUACAGCAGCCCUCUUUAAAAGAUGGAACCCUAUCCCUGAGUAAAGAUCUGGAACUCCCCAUUAUACCUCCUACCCAUCUUGACCUAAGUGCUCUUCAUAAUGUUUUGAAUAAACCAUUCCACCACCGACAUCCAUUGCACGUUUUUACUCAUAAGCAAAACACAGUAGGAGAAAUGCUGAGGUCAAAUCCUCCACCUCCACCUCCACCAUCUCUUGCAAUUACACCAACUGUCUUGCAAUCUGUUAACCUUAGGUCCAUCAACAAGUCUGAAGAAAUUAAGCAAAAAGAAGGCAACAAUACAGACCUCCCUUACUUAGAGGAAAAUGCUCUCACAAUGGCUGCCUUGUCUCCAGACAAGAUUAGGUCACACCCAGGGAAGAAAUCAGUAUCACCCCAGUCAUCUGCUGAAGACACCACACUGCCCAAUUUGGACUCCUCUGCAGUCGAGAUAGGACCAGAUAAGCUACAUGUGGAAAAGAACCCUACCUUGGAUGGAAAGAGUCGCUGCAAUCCAGAAACCUCAUCAGGUAGCAAACUUCUAGAUUCGAUCGUGAUGAAAGAUGAAAUGCAGGUGGAGAAUGAACCUAUUCCAGAAAACACACCAAGUCAAAACUGUGGGUUUUCUACAGAAGGAUUUCAGAAGGUGUCUGUUGCCCGUCCCAGUGAUUUGGGUAAUAAAAUCAUACAGUAUGGAGCUGGUCACAAUGGAGCUCUGGAGCAGGUACAGAAGAUAUCCUCUGGAAUUUGGGAAGAAGUUGCCCAAGUGGACUCUAUGGGUGGAAUUAUAAUUCAGUCCAAUUCACCAACUAGGGCAACAGACCUAAGCAGUCAACGUAAGCAUCAACUUGUUAUGAGCCGCCACCAUGACAAAGUGCCUGUGACUACCCGCUAUGAAUCAGAGAUAUCAACUGUAAAUUCAUCCCCUGAAAAAUGUUCUGAGCAGGAAAUUAUUGCUUCAGGUAUUUUACCCAAAAGUGCCUCUGAUAACAGCAGAGCAGAGGAGACCCAAGGAAAUAUGGAUGAAGCUUCAUUGAAAGAAUCAUCCCCCAGUGACGACUCCAUCAUUUCACCACUUAGUGAGGACUCUCAAGCUGAAGCAGAGGGUGUGUUUGUGUCUCCAAACAAACCUCGAACAACUGAGGAUUUAUUCGCUGUCAUACACAGAUCCAAGCGGAAAGUACUUGGAAGAAAAGAUUCUGGGGAGAUAUCUGUGAGAAGCAAAUCAAGAAUUCCCCUUGGCAGCAGUAGCAACAGCUCCAGUUCUCUCACUUCACCCAGCAGCAAUGUGACAACUGGGAACAGUCAGAGGUCUCCAGGUCUCAUCUACCGAAAUGCCAAAAAGUCUAACACAUCCAACGAAGAAUUUAAGCUGCUGCUGCUCAAGAAAGGCAGUCGCUCUGAUUCCAGUUAUCGCAUGUCUGCCAUCGAGAUCCUGAAGAGUCCAGUCCUGCCCAAGCCUCCUGGGGAAUUCACCCCAGAGUCUCCACAAAGCCCGGAUGAUGCCCAUCAGGGUUCACCUGGGGCUGAGACUUUGUCCCCACUCUCGCCAUGUUCCCCACGGGUCAACGUGGAAGGGUUUUCCUCAAAGAACUUUGCCACCUCAGCGUCAUCACGGGUUGGACGAUCCCGGGCGCCCCCUGUGGCCAGCAGCAGCCGCUACAGUGUCCGCUGCCGGCUGUACAAUACGCCCAUGCAGGCCAUCUCUGAGGGAGAGACGGAAAAUUCCGAUGGGAGCCCGCACGAUGACCGCUCCUCUCAGAGCUCCACAUAGGCUGUCUGGGCCAAGCUGUUCCCAACCGCCCAACCCCUUACAAAAAGACUUUGUAAUGCCAUGGAGUGAUCAGAAGUGGUCACCCAGGUGGGGUAGCAUCACUGCUUGGCAAAAAAAAUUCUGAAUAUGUGCUGAGGUGACAGAAAGUGGUUUAGUCAUUUUUGAUUAGUUUCCAUGUUUUAAGUAGCUGUCAUGGUUUUCUUUAGUUUGAUUUACCCAGUCUCAUUCCCUGUGAUAGAUAAUAGAGAGUACAGAAAUAUCUAAUUUUCAUGAAACCAAGACAAAGUUUUCCCAGAGCUGCCUAUUCAGAAAAUAAAGCCCUCACUGUCAUAAUUCUUUAAGAUGAAAUUACUCUGGAGGUUUGGUAUUUUUUUACAUUAAAAUGAACUAAAGCGAAAUUUAGAAGAAAGAACUACACAUAUGUAAAUAUCAUAUUUUUGAUAAAAAUAUGUAAAUAGAUUUAUCAAUGCGUGGACAUGUGGCCAAUUAUCUACCACACACCAACUGUUUAUAAAACACACAAAAUAAAGUAUAAUAACUGUAUUCUGUGAAUACCAUUUUCAUAUCAAACACCAUAUUUAAAUGUCCACCAAUAUGAUUUCUGAGAGUGAUAAACCUCAAAUAUGAAUUUAAAACUGGUGAAAUAAAGGAGAUCUUGAGGUCAUAUACUGAAAUGUGAUUAACUUAAAAUAAUGAAUUCAGACCUAAUCAUUGUUGUGACAAAUUAUAGCAGAAACAAGCAAAUUGCAACAUGUGCCUAUGAUUUGCCAUGUGGCAAUUUGGACAGAAUGAAAAGCAUGCUUUUGAUUACUUUUUAAUCAAUGAGAGAAAUCAUCAUUGUCAAUACAAAGCCCCCCAAAACAACAUUUGACAGUGUCCUUUAGACAUUACUUCCUUCGAUGGAUUGCUUUACAAGAAUGAGUAGAGAACCGGUAGUUAAUUUUAUUUUAUACAAGGCUACUGGGGACAAGAACAUAAAGGGAUGACUGUACUCUUUAAACUUCUUCAACAGUCUAGCAAUUAGCUCAAGGUUCUUAAACUAACAGAAAUCAAAUCUAAGCAUGCCACAGUGCUAUAGACUUCUCAGUAAGUACUUACAGUGAGAUUUCAGCAAAGCUUUCUCUCUGUGCUGAUGAGUGAGAUUCAUGCUACCUAAAAAUUAACAGAAAUGACACUGUGAACAAUGUAGUUGGGAAAUAGGUAUGUGUAUAUGCAUUAUUUAUAUUCACUCUUAAGUGGGGAAUGGGGAACAGCUCUGGUUCACAAUGCUACAUACAACUGAUUUUUCGUCUGGUUUUACUAUAUCUGCUUGAUGGCAA